AUGGAACCUCUGCAUUUAUCUGCUAGUCAGACACUGAUAUGUACCGACAUCCCCGUCACGUCAGACCUGGGCCAAGCCUUGUGCCGAGGAGGAUACAGCGUGGACGGAGAAUCGUUGAACAAGGACGAAGCUUUGAUUUGGGCCAUAAUGGAAGAUCAGACCGAACUCGUCAAAGCCAUUGUCAAGGAUGGAGUCAACAUCGACCUCGGAAGCGGUCCAUUGCAAACUCCUACUCUAAGUAUCGCCGCUGGCUUCGGAUCCACCGAGAUAAUCUCUAUCCUCAUGGAUGCAGGUGCCAGUCUAGAGAAGACGAAUACGGUAUGUCAAAGUCCCCUCCAUACUGCGGCGUGGCUUGGAAAAAUCGAAGCAUUUGAGUUACUUUGUGACUUUGGAGCCGAUACCAAGUAUACCAGUAAUUACGGGGUUACUCCUUUGCACUACGCAGCAUCACGUGGAUUCUGCGACAUCAUCCAAUUGCUGUUCGAUAGGAAUAUCGAUGUUGAUUGCCGUGAUGAUGAAGAGUCGACGCCUCUUUUGUUUGCAAUCCAGGAAGGACAAAUUCAGGCCGUCCAGCUUCUGAUCAAGCUGGGAGCCGACAUUGGCCUCCAGGACAAGAAUGGUAACACAGCUUUGCACCAUGCGGCCUAUAAUGACCACGAAACGAUAUUGAAAUAUUUGAUCGAGCUUGGGGUCGAUUUGGCGGCCAUCAACAACGACGGAUACAGCGUCCUAUCACUUGCAGCCCGCAGUAAAGCACAGAAUGUGGUCAACUAUAUCGUUCAGUUGGAGGACGUUGAUGUUAACCAACAAGACCACCUUUCUGCGAUUGUGCCUCUUAUUUCCGCUGCUAUGUCUGGGAGCCUGGACAUAGCACGCCUUCUCGUCGAAAAUGGUGCUCUCCUCGAGGUCUCUAACAGUGAUGGGAAUACACCGCUUCAUCAUGCUUCAGCCUAUGGUCAUCCCGAGGUAGCAAGGUUCCUUCUCGAGAAGGGCGCCAACAUCGAAAGUAGGAACAACAACCAGAAAACACCUUUCCUACUUGCUGCACUGAGCGGCCAGGUCAGAGUCGUUCGUUUGCUAGCAGAACACGGCGCCGAUCGAGAUGCAAGAGACUCUGAUGGUUUCUGCGCGCUACAUUACGCUUUCGUUAGUCAAAACAACCUGUUGCUUCGUUGUUUACUGGUCCUUGGUGUAGACAUGGAAGUGGAAUUUCUUCAAGGUUCCACGGUGCUGGAACGUGCAAAUAUGAUGGGCAGAACAGAGAUAGUGUCUUACUUGGUGGAAUUCGGCGCAAACACAAUGUUGAAAGGGAAAGAAAAGUGUACUGUCCCGCAACGAUCCCCCAACGACCAGCUGAUUACAUGCUCCAAGCACGGUAACAUGGCCCAAAUUAUGCGUCUUCUCGAUCAGGGGGUGGAUGUCAAUGUCCUAAACACCUCUGGUCGCAGUGCUAUAUCAGUAGCGGCAGAAUAUGGCCAUCGGUGUUUGAUCGAUCUCCUUCUCGAAAGAGGUGCUCUUCUCAACCUUCAAGACUCCAACGGCGAGACAGCUCUUUGGUGGGCAUCUCAAUGCAACCAUAUCGGGGUGGUACAAAGACUACUGGAGAUGGGAGCCGAUACUGACUUGUCUGACUCGGAUGGCAACUCGCCGCUAUGUGUUGCGUGUCAAAAGGGUCUUGUGGACAUUGCUAAACGCUUGUUGGAAGCAGGAAGCAACCCCAACGUAAUGACCGCUUACAGCAUGACACCCCUGUUCUUGGCUGCGAAUGCUAAUCAUGUCGAGGUGGUGGGUUUACUCAUUGAUAAAGGUGAUGUGACUCUAGAGCACAUUGUCCAGGCAGUCAAAGGUGGAAGCCGGCCUGAUGUUGUCGCCAACAUGACGCGGUAUCUUGAUGAUCGUUAUGGUCACCAGAUAUUGAACCGUUUGGGCCUUGAGAAACAUCUCGAGGAUGCCAACGAGGGCGUCUCUUCUACCAAUGAUACAGAUGCCCCUCGACAGAAAAAUGAUACCAAUCCUGCAGAUGACUGCGAUGACCUCAUCUACGGCGACCAGCUCGCGUCGGCGGCCUCGAAGGGUCUUGUGCCAGCGAUGAAUCGGUUACUCAAGGCGGGAGCGAACGUCAAUGGAUCGAAAAGAGCGGCAGUACCACUGAUAUGGGCCGUCCGUCAAAAUCAACUACGCGCGGCACAAGCAUUAAUCGAAAGCGGCGCUCAGAUCGAUAGUGUUGACCAUCUCGGAGACACAGCCUUAUGCCUUGCUGCGCAACAAGGCAAUAAAACUAUAAUUGAUCUGCUCUGCAAGCAUCAUGCUAAUAUCGAGCAUAAAGGUUGGAUGACAUCAACGCCCCUUACUUUCGCGGUUAAGGGGGGACACGCGGAUGCUGUAGAGAUUCUUUUAGAUCGAGGUGCCAAAAUAGAGGUGGGCGAUAGCAAUCUAGCUCACCCAUUAGAGGUUGCAGCUUCAGAAGGCUUCGAGCCAAUCAUUGACGUCCUUAUCAGGAAGGGGGUGAACAUGAGAAUGGUUGGUCGAACAGGGCGCACUCCUUUGCUUCAUGCUGUGAUAGGAGGCCAACGGCAUGUCGCCCAGACGCUCUUAAAGAAUGGAGCUGGCUAUGAUCUUAUACCAGGAUCGAAGUUCUCUCCUUUAGCUCAAGCUGUCUUCUCAGGACAAGCCGUCAUGGUGGAACUGUUGGCGAAGCAUGGUGCAGACAUCAACCAUCUAGAAAACACUGACCAAACCCCACUCAUUAUCGCAGCUCAGUCAGGCAAAGAUAUGGUGGUUCAGUCUCUUAUUGAUAUGGGGGCCGACCUGGAUGGUAAAGAUGACGAGGGCCGGACAGCUCUGUCAUAUGCGAAGGAAAACGGUCACCAAUCCACCGUCAAGCUUUUGCUUCAGGCACAGACGCUGCGCCGUGAGGGUCAGUAUCUGAAGAAAGCCGAGGAACAACGGAAAGAUCCCAAGACAUCCUUCGAGUAUCGACCGCUUCCCAAAGGGUUCAUUCGGGUAUUGGAGCUUCAGCCGGGGCAAAAAGGAAAUGUUGUUUGCUUUUCACUGAUCCAAGUAGAGCUAUCCGAGUCACCUUCCUUUGAAGCUCUCUCAUACGAAUGGAAAGGAAAGGUUGGCACAGUACCCACUCGCUGCGACGGGGAUCGUAUCCUAGUCACUCCGAAUUGUUAUACAGCGUUGGAGACCCUUCGGUCCAAGACGGAAACAAAGAAUCUGUGGAUAGACGCCAUAUGCAUCAAUCAACGAGAUAAUUCAGAGCGUGGUAUCCAAGUCUCCAUGAUGUACGAAAUCUACUCAAAGGCUAAUUCGGUGUUAAUGUGGAUUGGCGAAGAGAGAGACGACUCAGACCUCGCUUUUGCUUCAAUUCCAGUCCUUUCCCUUGCUAUGGAACAGGUAAGAAAGUCACCAUAUUUCAUACCUGUAUCAAUAGGCCAAGGCAAUAACAAGGACCUACUCCUCGGACUACCGGAGAUCCGUCAUCUUACUGAGCAACUGAAUGUCGACCCGAAAACUUGGGAAGCAUGGUACAAGUUGUGUCGAAGAUCUUACUUCACUCGAGCCUGGAUCUUUCAAGAGAUUAUUCUAGCAGGGCCACGAGGCACAGUCAUGUGUGGGACACGCCGAGUUUCCUGGGAUACAUUCAAGUCGGCCCUCCAGGCUUAUAGCGAAUUACAGAUAGACUACUGCCUCUCCAUGGACGCCAUCAUAGUCAUCGACGCCCAUUUUCGCUUACUACGAUGGUUGACUUUCGAAGUCGCGCUAUUUAUAAUGUCGACAUUCGAAGUAGUGGAUCCUCGAGACAAGAUAUUUGCAGCUUUGGGACUUGCUUUCGGGAGUGGGAGACAAGAUCAACCCUGGAAUCCUGUACAAGUUCCAAAAGAAGACUACAACAAGUCUGUUGAGGAAGUUUUUAUCCACGCGAACCGCUAUGUCAUUUCCUACGAUGGUGGCGAAGACCUUUGGGCUCUUCUUGAUCCGAUUAAUCAAUCUAUCACAACUGGAGGGAAGAUUAUUCUUCCUUCGUGGGUAUUUGAUUUCAGUAAACCACCAAUAUCCAUUGAUCAUCCUUUCCCUACAGACAGUGCCGACUACCAUGUCAUGCUGCGUGGGCGCCCAAUGACGACACAAACAUCACUUCACGUCAAUGGAUAUGUCAUUGAUCAAGUCAACUGCAAAGUUCCUAUCACGAAAGAUGAGAGCACUGUAGAUGUGGUAAAGACAGUUAUUCGAUACGUGGCGGCUUCGGGGCGUGGGGUCUAUGAUCCAAGCCCAACCAUUGGAAGACACAGUGCACAGUCUGGAUCUGAUGAAGAUCUUGGAAAAGGUUAUUCGAGGACAAACUUGGCUGCUCUACUAAGCACUCUGAUGGAGCUUCACGACUGUCCAACGGAUGAUGAUAUGAGUUCUGCAGCAUACGUGGCUUGGCGACUGAUUACGGACAACGAGACAUCAGAAAUCUCCAAGGCUCCUCUAGAUCUCCUUCAAGAUGGGAUACAGGCCUGGGAAAAGUCGUCAAAGGAAUCAGACGUCUUUGACCUCGACAUCUGCAGUAAGAUGGAGUGCCGGCACCGCUAUGACUACGACCUUGUUUACACUGACAAGGGAUACUUUGGCCUUGCACCGCGUCGUGAUGGGGACGAGGGUUUGGUGUUGACAAUUAUUGGUGGCUGCGAAGACCUUGUUCUACUGAGAAGAAAAGCAAGCGGCGGUGACACAUGGUAUGAAUAUGUGAGUAAGGUAUAUAUGUAUGGUUGGACCAAGGACAAGAUCAAGACAGUGGAAGACCUGGGUGAUGAUUUGGAGGAAGUCCGUUUCGAGAUUCGUUAG